UGGGCAGGGCAUGGAAUUAAAUGCGAAUAUAUGGAACCGACCUUGCCCUCAACCACAACGCGGUUCUGUUCUGUUCUUCUCUUUCCCUCCUCUGUUUUGUGCCCAAAAAAUGGAGAGCGAGAGCCCUUGCCCGACCUUCCACAAAUCCAAAUCCUCGCCAUCGCCUCUCCUUUGGGACUGUGGAAGUACGCUCUACGAUUCUUUCGAGCUCAAUUCCCUCAAACGCCAGCUUGAUUCUGCGAUGGCUUCUCGGACCUUGUCGAUGUCGCAUCUACCUGGCCGACAUGUCGCUCCUCCUCCUCCUCCGCCUUCCAAAAGGCCCUCCAUUUCCAGGUCCUUCCACAAAUUUCUCCGGUCGGUGUUCAGGCACAAGCAGAAUUCCAAUUUUGAAGCGCGGGAAGGAGCGCUGGGUUAUUCGCUUUCUGCGAUUCCGGAGCCUCAAUUCCGCGGACUCUCGCCGGAGAUUGGCUGCUUCGUCAGGAGGGCUGCAUCGGAGCGGUUCACGCCGCCCACUUCAAUUGGUAUUUCUUGUGCUUGAAUCAAACCUUGAAUAAAGGUAGUUCAAUUUUUUUUUAAAAAUAACUUCUAAGUUCUAACAAUUAAACCUUUUUAUUUUUCUUUUUGUAUAUUGAACUUUUCCUUAAGCUGUGCUCAUAUU